CUUUCUCAUGGGACUUUCCCGCAUAACAUUUGUUUACAAGUGUUUCGCAAACCGAAUUUAUUUCAAAAAGUUCAUGUAUUGUGGUGUUGCAGACUUGUUUUAUUUAAGGUAUGGAACCUAAAACAAUAGAAGAAAUCGACGGAAAACCUACGUAUGUUGAAGAAAACAUCGCAGCUAGAAUACCCCAGCUUGAAUAUUAUGAAGAGGUUCCUGGCAUUGGGCGAGCACUAAUUAUUAACAAUGAGAACUUUAUUUCACCAAAUCUUCCCAAUCUUCCUCAUUCAAAAAAGGAGGCGGAUGCCAUCCAAGAAGUGUUGGAGGCACUUGGGUUUAAGGUUGAUCGUCAUGACAACAAAAUGCUAAAAGAAAUGGUCGAGAUAAUAAACUCUUUGCGGCAAGAUAUUCAUAAUUGUUGGUGCUUCUUCUGUGUCAUAUUGUCUCAUGGAACAAUAGGGGAUCGAGUUUAUGCCACGGAUGAUCACCUUGGCAUCUCAGAAAAUGUUAUUGACCCAUUUCUUGGAAGCAACUGCCCUGAUUUGAUCGGAAAACCUAAGAUAUUUAUUAUUGAGGCAUGUAGAGGUCAAAAUGUAGAAGAGGCUGCUGAAACAAAUCCACUUCUUCCUCAAGCACGUUCAACAAUUGUUCCUGUGAAGUAUUCACUACCAAGAACUGCUGAUGUUCUAAUUUGUCAUCCUUCAAGUAAUGGAUCCAUUGCCUACAUGGGACAAUUUCUAUCAACAUUAUCUGCCAUGUUGAAGCAGUGUGUAUUGGCCAGAGGUCCUGAGGAUCCAGUUUAUUGUUUUAUGGAGAUUCUUACUCUCGUGAACGAUCGCGUUGCUAUAAAUUCAGCUGCAAUGCAGAUGUCAACAACUGAAAACUCAAUGAGGAAAAAAAUUGUCUUUCAUGCCUCUACACCAGCCAGCACCAUCAUUGAAGAACCGGAGUUUAAUAAACUGAAAGUUACUCCUAUUGCAAGAAAUUUGCCUUCUUCAUGCAAUUUAAAAUCCCAAGUAUUCACCAAAGUAAAGUCAAAAUUUAAAUCACAGCCAGUUUGGCUACUUCAGUUCCAGUUGCCUUCCGGACCUUGCAAGGUUCAUAGCACUGGGCAGACAGAGAAUUGCAAUGAGACAAAUAUAAUUGCCCUGCUACCCGCUAUAAAAGCAACAACUGGCAGUGUAAAAAAGAUAGAGACUUUGUUUAAUGCUGGUCUAUUGUUUACUGCUGCUCAACUACAGGAUGGUGGUUGGGCUUAUCAUUGCAGAGUUAAAUUGGAAAUAAAACUCCCCCCUUCUGUUCUUCCGAAAGAUCUUGAGAUGUUGAAGCAAGAAGUUAAUGAAUUGUAUCGAGAAUAUGAUAAUCAAAAUCAACAGUUAAAUAAAAGUAUACAAGUAGAGGAGUUCCAGCAUGCAGAGAGCUCAGAAAACAUUGAAAAUACUAGAUUCAAUCCUACAGAUAGCCAGGAUAACUUGUUUGCUGGCGCUUGUAGCAAACAGUUACCGCCUUCUAAAUGCAUUGGAGAGGGGAUACAACCUGAAGAUGGGAAAAUGGAAAGACAGCAAGAUUAUUUUCCUUUAUCUGGAUACAAUUGUAACACCAUCACGAUUGUAUACACCUUUAAAGGAGGUAUCCAGGAUAAAUCCCAUCCUGCACCUGGUAAAACAUACAAUGGCUGUACUGAGACAGCUUACUUGCCAGAUAACUCUGAAGGACAAUCUGUAUAUCGGCUGCUACAUAAAGCUUUCCAAGAAGGUUUCACUUUUGGGGUUGGCAUGUGUGAAACAUCUAAGCAGUAUAGAGUUAUGUUUAAGGACAUACCUCAUAAAACAAACCCAACAGGAGGGAAAGAACGUGAUGGAUAUCCUGAUACCAAUUACAUGACAGAAGUUUUAGAUGCUUUGCGGAGUUAUGGAAUUACUGAAUGAGUUUACAUUACUUCUCACUCAUGGGGCAUCAAAGAUUGGUUUUGCUCUAUGCUGUAGUUUCAUAUUCCAUACAAAAUUCGUAUAUUAAAAAGCGUGUAUGUAUUUUUACUAUGUCCAACAAUAUUGUCUUGGUUGGUCAUGCUGUUGAUUUAAAAUUUGGAAAGAGGUUUCCAUGCUAAAAAAAAUAUAUUUUUUUAAGAUCUUUAGUUUUCCAAAAAGUUUUGUAACCUAUGUAUAUCUAACUAUACACUAUUUAUAAUGAACAGAUAAGCCCCUGAUCAAUACUUAGGCUCAUGUAUUUAAACAUGGUUUUAAAAACCUAAUAUAUAUGUAUAUACUAUUCAUUGCCUGAAUAACUUAUGCAUUUAACACUGAUAUUGAACUAAUGCAAUCAAACGAUUUGCACUAAUGUAUCUUGUGCAUAAAACAGAAAUAUAUAUAUAUACAUAUUCUGUUAUAUAUAUUAUAUAUAUAUGUGUGUAUAUAUGUAAAUGUGUCUAAUAUGUACACAUGUAUGUUACUGAGUUACUACCGAACGCAUUGAAAUUUACUUCCCGCUUUGUAAUUAUU